AAUGAUCUGUUGUUAUCUGGUGUACCAUGACCUGACCUGAUAGUGUAACAAAAUACAUUUACAUGUACAUGUACAGUAUGUGUUUACUAAUACAAGUGACGUGUUGCAGAGGGCCGGGGUGUGCGUGUGUCCCGUUCAGUGAGCACAAAAUAGGCCUGGAUUGUGUCCAUUUGGGGGAAAUUAUGAACCUUCCACCGCCCACCCGUCUAAGAGAUUUCGAAGCCUUCGCUAAGAGGUCUAUGCCAGCCCAAACCUAUGAAUAUUACAGGAGUGGUGCCUACCCCGAACAGACAUUGAGGGACAAUGAACUGGCAUUUCAGAGAUACAGACUUCGACCAAACACGCUUCGUGAUGUGUCCAAUCGUGACCUCCGUACCACGGUGCUGGGUCAGGAAAUCGCCUUCCCUGUCGCCAUAGCGCCCACAGCGUUGCAUCGGCUUGCGCAUAAUGACGGAGAGUUAGCAACUGCGCGAGCUGCCACUUCCAUGGGAACCGGUAUGGUUUUGAGUACCUAUACCUCCACCCCGAUGGAAGACGUGGCGGCAGCGGCAUCUCCUAACGGGUUACUGUGGGCUCAAACUACCGCCUACAGGGACGAGGAGGUGGUGCGCCAGACCAUCCAGAAGGCCGAGAAGAAAGGCUACAAAGCUCUGUUUGUGUCACUUGACGCCAAAAUGUCCAGGAGGAAGGCGGGGCCGAACUUGAUGCCGCCCCAUAUCAGAUUCGCAAAUUUUGAGGGCGAACGCAGUCGGUCCUUCACAACGGUUGAGAGGAAUUCCAACCCUAAGCUGACGUGGGAACGCAUCGACUGGCUGAAAAGCCUCACUACGCUGCCGAUCGUGGCGAAGGGAGUUUUGUCAGCUGCCACCGCUCGUGAUGCUAUGAAACAUAAAGUUGCGGGGAUCGUAGUCUCUAACCAUGGCGCUCGUGUGCUAGACGGCUCUUUGGCAACGAUAGACGUGUUGGCAGAGGUCGUUGAAGCAGUCCGUGGCUCUGGCAUUGAGGUAUACCUCGACGGCGGUGUUCGGUCAGGCACUGAUGUCCUGAAAGCUCUUGCCUUGGGCGCCAGAGCUGUCUUCAUCGGCCGGCCAGUGCUCUGGGGACUGGCUUACGAUGGACAGGAAGGGGUGAGGAAGGUCUUACAGAUCAUUCGGGACGAGUUCAGUCAAGCAAUGGGACUGGCAGAAUGCGCCAGCCUGUCUGACAUCACGCCGAGUCUGGUCGUCAGGGAUCCGCAAUAUACAUGUUCAUGCGCACGUACUGCUAAGCUCUAGUAUAGUAUGUGUUGAAGAGGACACCUCUUGAAGACCAUCACAAGACCCCACAAGACCAGCCGAAGACCAACACGAUCUCCUGUCUGAAUUCAAGUCGCAAGCCAUUCAAAAUUAAUAAACUGCAACAAAAGCAUUCCUUUGUCAUCGUUCACCCUUUUACUCGGACUGAUCUUGUACAUGGUGUUCUGAUGGAGUCAAUCAGUUUUAUUGUCAACCAGUUUUAUUGUCAACCAGUUUUACUGUCAACCAGUUUUAUUGUCAACCAGUUUUACUGCCAACCAGUUUUACUGUCAACCAGUUUUACUGUCAACCAGUUUUACUGUCAACCAGUUUUACU